CAGAGGAGUGGCUCCGCUGCUCUGCCUGCGUUAGGAGUCUGUCCUGCAGGGGGACGACAGGGCUUUUGCUGGCGAGCCCAGACUGCGGCUGUGCUGGGACAGGCAAGUUUCAGAUCCAGGGACGUCGGCCCAGAGAUGAGGCUGCUGUGGACUCUCCCGACCCUCUGGCUGUUGGCAGCAGAGGAUCUCUCUGCCCACGGGGCCCGGACCCGCAGAGAGCUGGCACCGGGCUUGCACGAGCGGGGGAUCCGUGACGCCGGCGGCUCGUACUGUGAGAGGAGCGAUGCCUGCUGUGCCGGCAGGGACGACGCCUGCACCGUGCCCUACCUGGAUACCAUCUGCUACUGCGACCUCUUCUGCAACCGCACCAUCUCCGACUGCUGCCCUGAUUUCUGGGAGUACUGCCUGGGCAUCCCGCCCCCCGUGCCUGUGCACAAAGGUUGUGAUCGUGGUGGACACAAGUACCCAACCGGAGCCACCUACAGAGAAAACUGCAACCUCUGCACCUGCAGCGGGAACGGGGAGUGGGACUGUGAGCAGCACGCCUGCCUCAUCGAUGGCGAGAUGAUUGAUGCCAUCAACAGAGGGAAUUAUGGCUGGAGAGCCGCCAACUACAGCCAUUUCUGGGGGAUGACGCUGGACGAAGGGAUCCACUACCGGCUGGGGACCAUCAAACCACCCCCUACGGUCAUGCACAUGAAUGAGCUGCAGAUGAGCAUGGACACCAACGAGCGGCUCCCCAGCCAUUUCAACGCAGCUGACAAGUGGCCCGGGUUGGUCCUCGAGCCCCUGGACCAGGGCAAUUGUGCCGGCUCCUGGGCUUUCUCCACGGCAGCGGUGGCAUCGGACAGGAUCUCCAUCCAUUCCAUGGGACACAUGACGCCCGCCCUGUCCCCCCAGAACCUGAUCUCGUGCGACACUCGGAACCAGCAGGGCUGCAGCGGGGGCCGGAUCGACCGGGCCUGGUGGUAUCUGCGCAGGAGAGGGGUGGUGACUGACAGCUGCUACCCCUUCACCAGCCGGGAGAAGGACAGCGCCCCCGCAGGCCGGCCCUGCAUGAUGCAAAGUCGCUCCACGGGCAGAGGGAAGAGACAAGCCACCCAGCAGUGCCCUAACCCCCAGACCCACUCCAACGAGAUCUACCAGUCGACCCCCGCCUACCGCCUCUCGUCCAGCGAGAAGGAGAUCAUGAAGGAGCUGAUGGAGAAUGGGCCCGUGCAAGCCAUCAUGGAGGUUCACGAGGAUUUCUUCGUGUACAAGAGUGGUGUCUAUCGGCACACGCCGGUGAUGGCUGGGAAGCCGGAGCACCACCGGAGACACGGCACCCACUCAGUGAAAAUCACAGGGUGGGGAGAAGAGAGGACGCCCCAGGGGCAGACUCAGAAGUACUGGGUGGCUGCGAACUCCUGGGGCAAGCACUGGGGAGAGGGCGGCUACUUCCGCAUCGCCCGGGGCGCCAACGAGUGCGAGAUCGAGACCUUCGUGGUGGGCGUCUGGGGCCGCGUCAGCAUGGAGGACAUGCGGCGCCGGAAGUGAGCCAGCCGGGUGGCCCCGCAUGGCACGGGGAGGCCGUUCCUCCCACAGCCCCGACGUGCUCCAUGAAGCCCAAGUGUGAUCUGGACCCAGCCACAGGCACCUGCAGCAGACUCUGGCUCCGUCGCUACCCACAAGGGACCCCGAAGGAUCCCCAGCUGGCCACCGUCCUCUCCCAGGACUACGUAGGGCUCUGAGAGGCCUGGCAUCCAGGGGACCUGGGAGGAUCCCUGAGGACUCAUGGAACUGCCACCAAGGAAUGUCUUCAUAGCACGGGCCUCACCCUCUCCUGGUAACGGACCCUCGGCCCUGACCAGUCCCUAGCUGGAGACGUGCUGGGACCCCCAGGCCUGGUCCCCUCUGGGAUGCGCUUUAGUGAGGACAGGGCCCUGUUUACACUACUCGGGUGGGGUUUUGGGCUGCGGCUUCUGCUGUGGGGCUGGGGUGUCUUGAGCCCCGCCGUGUGGAAAUCAGAUUGGUCUGUCACCCCACCCUUUUGUGAUCCCUGCCACCGCCUUCGGGGCCCCCAUUGUCCCAGCCCCGCCACCCAUCGCUGGGCUUUACCCCAGAGAUACGGAGGGGGCCCUAGGGCUUCCUGGACCUCCAGCUCUCCAGAGACCAACCUGUAGUUAACCCUUUCAUCUCCCCGGGGGCAAGCUGCCUGGCCCUUGUGCAGAGCGCACAGGGUGCCACUGAGCCACGCCUUUGUCACCCCAGUGGCAGGGUGUUUGCCCCUUUCCCCCCUGCCAGCGGGCGAGGAGAUGGCACAGCCAGCACGAGGAACCCCAGCCUUUCCGGAGAGACUCCCGCGUUAGCAGGGAGCUGGGUCUCCAGGGGUUACCACCAGCCAUGCGGCCUGGAUGGAGCUGGGCCAAGGCAGGAGAGUAACUGACACGCUGCUGUUCUUCACCCUGGUCAUCUCUAGCUUUCCCAUUAUCCUAGAGGUCCCCUCUCCUGCGCCCCUAGGAGCCCACUCUGGUCUCCCACCCAGUCCCACUGCAGUCCCCACAGGAUCUCCGACCAACUUCCUAAUUUCCCACACACCCCGUCCCCCGCCGCCCUUCCACAGCCCUCUGCUCUGAGCCUCAGCGUCUCGCCUCCAAACGACCCCCGUCUCGCGCGGAUCCCUGUUGGGACCCGGGCAAGGCUGGCUUUCUGCUGACACCGAGGCUGCGGUGCACUGGCCCGUAGCUUAUAUGUGCUGAGCACUUGAAAGUGCGUCCCCAGCCCCCUGGCUUUUCACCACGGCCCCACGCUUUGUACCGGCCGGCAGGGUCUUAGUGCCUAAUCCCGGCCUGGCUAAACAGGCCAUUGUUGGGCGCCGGAGGUCACUCGGAUGUUUGCGCUCGAUGCCCUCGCUGGCGCUGUCAGCGGCGCGGCCCGAGUCGUGACAGUAAGCUGCAGCCUUUCAUGUCAAAGAGGCAGAGGAUUGUUAAAACAGCCCUGUGCUUCCGCCUGACCGGAGCGGCGGGACGGGGAGGGGGGCUUAGAACUGCCUGCUCCAGCAGAGAAGUCAGGCACCGCACCAAGAGUGGGAACCUGGGGGGCCAGGCACCGGACUGGCCGCAGGGGCAGAGAGAUCAAAGCAAAGGCUGGGGU